AUGUUAAAUACCACAACACAACUUGCGAAUCAAUUACCUGUUUUUAAAAGUCAAAAUUACUCUGAAUUAAAGGAUUAUUAGGAUUUCUUAAAAUUAAUAUAGAAAUUUCACAUUUAAAAAUUCAUGUUAAAAAGUAAAGAAUAAUUAUAUCACUAUUUAACUAAUUAGUGUUAAACUUAAAGUUAUAAUUCUCAAUCAGAUUCAGAUAAUAAUUCAAGUAAUGGAAAUUAAGGAUCUGGAUAAUAAACAGAAGAUAUGUCAAGAAAUAAAAUGAAAAAUAAAUCUCAUAAAAUUCAAUCAAAAUAAUAAAAUAUUCUUGAUAAAUAAUAUUCUAAACAUUAAAAUGAAGAUUUAAAUCUUAAGAGUUAGAGUGUAGAGAUAAAAAAACAUGAUUAUUAAAAAAAGGAACAUGGUGGAAAAAGAUAAAAAGAAAAUCCAUAAAAUAAUGAAAUUUUAGAGAAAUUAAAAUCAAUUCCAUUGAUAUAAGAUUUUGAUGAUGAAGAUAUAAGAUAGAUGGUAAAUGAUUUUUAAUAAGAAGACAAAAAAUAAUCAAAAUAAAGCAAGAAUUUAUAGAUUUGUAAGGAUACUAUGAUACGAGAUGAUUUUUAAUAUAAAUGGCCAUAAUGUAGAAUAAGAAUAUUGUAAGCAUUGACAAUUUUAAUUGAAAAAAAAGUAGCAGUACCAAAAAUUCUACAAGAUUUUAAAAUACUUUAGAAGACAUAUAUAUAUUCAUUAUAUUUAAAAGAUUGUGAUGAUUUAGCAAAUUAAUUAUGGUAAAAAGUAGGAGAGAAUGUUAGUGCAGAUGAUUAAAUUAAAUAUUAUAGAACAAAUUAUAAGACAAAUUAAUUAGAAUUAAUUUUUGAAAUGAUAAAGCUUGUUUAUGAGAAAAGGGAUUAACAUAGAGAAUAAAUAAUAGCAACAUGUUCAGGAAUAAUAUUUUAAAAAAAGCUAAGACAAUUAAAAGAUAAGGUGACAGCAAAAGCAAAAUGUGCAGAUAAAUAAUGUGAAUUAAUAAUUUCUUAUUUAGAGAGAAUAAAUAAUUAUGUAUUGACUGGUCCAAUAAUAAAUAAAUAUCAACAUGGUGGUUGUAGUGAAGCAUAAUUAUUACAUUAAAAGAUAAUAAAGAAGGCAGCAAAAACUUUAUUAUUUUCAGCCGUUUAAUUAGAUGUUCCAGUACCAGAAGUACUUUAAUACUUAUCUUUAAGAAAGAGUAGAUAUAAUGUAUAAGAUAGACCAGAAGAAUAGGGAAUAUAUAUAUUACCAAGUGUUGAAUUAGUAAAAUUGAUAGUUGAUAAAUAAGGUAUGGAAGCAAUAGCAUAAUAAUUAAAAAUGAAUGAUUUUGAUUAUUUAGAUUUUAAAGGACUUGAUUAAUUAAAUUUUGAACACUCAAAUAAAAAUAUUGAAGAUAGAGAUGAAACAGUCUUAUAUUCAGUACUUUAAUUAGUAUUAGAUAGAAUAGAUGAAUUAGAAUAAUUAACUUUUGUCAUUAAUGAUAGAAAAUUCAAGGCUUUACAAUAAAAACUUAAUGAAUUAUAUAAAGAUGAAGUUUUUGGAGAACCUAAUUAGUAAUAAGAUAUUCCUUAAUUUGUUGGAACUGUUAUGAAUAAAGUAGAAUCAUAUAUUAAAGCAUCUAAGUCUUCAGAAAGAACUAAAACUAAAUUAUGUUGUAUUAAAACAAAGUUUUUUGAUUCACAAAUUAUUGUCAAAUAAAAUAAUCAAGAUUUAACAAUAGAAUAGUAGAAUUUUUGUAAAUAAUUAUUCAUUCUAUUUUUAUCUGAAAUAUCAAGUAAGGAUAUUGCUUUUCCUGAAAUUUUAAAAUAUUACAAAUUUCUAGAUGGUAGAUUAGUCUUUGAAUUUAAUUAAAAACUAAUAGGAGUUAUGUUAUUAUGUAAAGCAAUAAGAUAAUAUUUCAUUUCAUGUAUGGAAAUGGAAAGUGAAUUUGAAAAACAAAUUACAGAUGAUAAUAAAAUUGUUAUUAAUUCGGUUCCAUUAUUAAAACUAACAAUAAAGGAUGAGUUUUUACCAGAAGAAUCUGAAAUAUUCACAAAACAAAUUUCUAUUUUAUCUUAACAUAAAGAAGAUUUAAUUAUAGAUAUUAGAGAGUUAUUUAAACAUUAGCCUAUUUAUGAAAUGACUAAAUAAUAAGACUUAGAAGAUUAAUAUGAAGAUGCUUUUUUAGAUCUAAAAUUUUUAUACAAAUUCAUUAAUGAAUAAAAUUCAUAUUCUGAUUGA